AUGAAGAUGGACGUUUCAACUAAUCUCGAAGCACAAAAAUCUAAAUACCCUUCGAUAAAUGUCGAAAAACCGAUUCCUCUACAGUUCGAUCUUGGGCUAUUAGCUGGCUUCGAUACAAAUGCAAUGGACGAAGGAAGUUUGAGAAACAAUACGGACUCCUAUCUAAAAGAAUGUACAAGGGACAAUACUCAACUUCUGAUCAACCAAAUAUUUCAGCUGCCUAUCGAUUUCUCACAAAACAUUGGUGUACUUGCAGAAUUACCCGAGCCAACUACUGUUAUUCCUAGGGAGAAACCCGUACCAAAACCCAAACCUCUAACGAGAUGGGAGAAAUUCGCAAGAUCUAAAGGGAUCAAGCAUCGCAGAAAGGACAAAAUGAUUUUCGAUAAAGCUUCGGGCGAAUGGGUUCCACGAUGGGGAUAUAAGGGUGCAAAUGAUGACGGCGCAAACGAUUGGCUGAUACCUGUCCCGAAUAAUGCUGAUCCAUUUGAAGAUCAAUUCGCUAAACUACGCGAAGCGAAAAAAGAACGAAUUUUAAAGAACGAAAAACGUCGUCGCAGAAAUGCCGAGGAGGCCCAAGCAAUGUUGCAACCACCAACCAAUAACUCGGACACUCGAACGGCUCGUAAAUUAGAAUUGCAGCGACAGAUCGCCACAUCCAAAACUGCAACGGCCAGUUAUGGGAGGUUUGAUGAGCCGUUGGAGGGUGAACCAAAAAUGAAGGGCGUGAAAGGAAAG